AGAAAGAAAGAGAGAGAGAGAAGGGAAAAAAAAAUCUCCACGCGAAAAAAAAAAGGCGCCUUGGAGGGAAUUUAUAAAAGUAAUUCAAACGAGAAAGAGGGCGAGAAGAGACCCCGCAGCCGCCCCCGUCGGCGCCGAAGUUUCUGUCACAAGAACUUAUUGACUUGGUCUGGUCUUCUGCCCCUUCUAGUAGUAACUGUGCGUUUGUUUGUUUGUUUGUGUGGUGGUGGUGGUUGUUGGGAGAGCGGUGGCUUCGCCUUGGGGUUGUGGGAGUUGGACACGGACGGGGAUGGUUGGGCUCUCCAUUGCCGCUUGAAUGAUAAGAGUUGGAGCUUUUUAUACACAGUUCUAUAUAUAUAUAUAUAUGUGUGUAUUUAUAUACACACACACACACAAUAUAUACAGUGUAUGAUAUGAACUCAACCCGGAUUUUGAGGGGAGAUUGAGGAGAAGGAUCGAAAGGAACCUCGGAAAGCUCACUCGCUCGGGUUUAAACGCCCUCUCACCGGGAGCGCGGGGCCGGGACACGCCGCCACAACAAAAGGCGAAGCGAAGCGAAGCGAAGCGGUGGUCCGAUGCCGCCUCCAAACGUCUGAGCUGCCGAGCGAGUUCUUCGUGUGGGGGGAAGAAGAGAAGUUUGCUCGUUAAGGCGGCGGCGGGAGAAUUUUGCACGGCGUCAACGGCAAGGCGAGGAACAUAGCGCCGACCAGAAAGGGAGAGAGAAAGGGAGAGAGAGACCGAGAGAUCACUUUUGUGCUCCCAAGAGUGCGACACGAUCCGGAGAAACUCUUUUGUGGGGGGAAAAAAAAACCCUCCUCGUUCGAGAGAUGGAGCCCUGUGUCUGAAGAAACACGGUUUUAAACCGACUGACUACGCUAUCCUCGCACGUCUGCGUGUUUGUUUUCUGCCCAUCUUUUGACUUGUGUCGAGGAAGUCACUAAGGCUUAGUGAGGUUAAUCUACAGUACAGUAUGUUCCUUGGACAAACUUGAAGAGAGCUGGAGAAAAUGGGACAUAUGAUUCAUGAAGCUACUGUGUUUACUAAUGGUCACUCAUAUAUGCUUGCCAUUUAAAAAAUCUAAACCGGAUAUGUAAGGGAAUGAUAUUUGUUGACGUGGACUCAAAGACUUACUGGGUGUGUAUCAAUAGAAUUUAAAAAUCAAAGGCAAAAUCAUGUGGCGAUUGCUUACCCUGAAGUUUGGUCGCAUGUAUCGUUGCCUGAAGUUCCUGUUUGUGGUGAGUCUUUUGGUUUUUAUGUUGAUGAAUACGCAUUCAUUGUUUGCCUCAUUUCAAAAGAAUGAGCUUGUGGAUCGUCGUUUCAUCCACCUCAAUAAAUGCCCAGCCUGCUUUGGUACUAGCUGGUGUCGUAAGUUUAUGAAUGGCCAAAUUAACUUUGAGGCCUGGGGUCGUUUGCGAUUCCUAGACUUCUUGAAUGUAAAAAAUGUCUACUUUGCUCAGUACGGAGAACCACGAGAAGGUACAAGACGCAUUGUUCUCAAGCGAUUGGGUUCAAACCAGGAACUGGCUGAGAUGGACCAAAAGCUGUGCAAACGGGCUACAGGCCGUCCACGUUGUGAUGUUACACAGGCAAUUUACAAGACUCAGUUUGCUCGUUUAAAUGGAGAUGUCCGGUUACUAACCCCAGAUGUUGUGGAAGGAUGGUCAGAUUUAGUGCAUUGUCCAUCACAAAGACUCCUCGAUCGAAUAGUGCGCAGAUAUGCUGAAACUAAGGAUUCUGGCAGCUUUUUACUGAAGAAUUUAAAAGACUCUGAACGGAUGCAGCUGCUGUUGACACUGUCUUUUAAUCCAGAGCCUCUUGUUCUGCAGAGUUUUCCAUCAGAUGAAGGAUGGCCCUUUGCAAAGUAUCUUGGAGCUUGUGGGAGAAUGGUGGCUGUAAAUUAUGUAGGCAAUGAACUUUGGAAUUACUACAACUCACCUUGGGAAAAGCGAAUGGACCUAGCCUGGCAGUUACUGGAAAUCGCUGAACAGCUAACCAACAACGAUUUUGAAUUUGCCCUCUACCUCCUGGACGUCAGCUUUGACAACUUUGCAGUGGGACCUCGGGACGGAAGAGUCAUCAUCAUUGACGCUGAAAACAUCAUUGUGGCAGACAAGAGGUUAAUCAAACAAAAUAGGCCUGAAAACUGGGACACUUGGUACGAGAACAAGUUCGAUGACUGUGGGAAGGAGGCCUGCCUGUCGUUUUCGAAAGACGUGUUGUGUUCCCGUGUUACAGCAGACCACAACUAUUAUGCCAUCUGUCAGAACCUGCUCUCCAGGUACGCCACCUGGCGUGGCACAACCGGAGGACUUCUGCAUGAUCCACCUUCAGAAAUUAUCAAGGAUGGCAGGUUGGAGGCUUUAGUAGAAGAGUGUGCUAACCCGAAGAGGGAGUAUGGUCGAUUCCAGGCAGCCAGAGAAUUGCGGGAGUACCUCGCAAAAGUGAACAAUCGUGUAAGGUAGCUGCAACCUGGCUUGUUUUCUCCAUACAGAUGUAGAAUGCAGCUUGACGUUGCGGCUGAGUUGAACAUGAGAAUUGUUAGAAUGUAAAAUAAUCUCGAACUAAACUACACGGAUGUGGUACUGUAUGCCAUGACAGUUGGUUGAAUUGCAAUCCUCCACGCUUGGAAUGACAAUGGACAUCUGCAAACAAAUAUGUUACUGAUUAGAGUUUGAGCUAUUAUUGACUUCAUCUCUGAUUGCCUGACGGGUAGGUCACUGAAGAUUAAGGUGGCUGGCGAUAAUGGACUGUGACAGGCUUAUUGAUUCCACACGUUCAAAGGGCAAUUGACAUAACAUGGCAUUAGCAUUACAGUUUGUGAGGAUGAUGCCUUUAGUAAGGAAAUGUUGCAUAACUUGAGAGCCUGUUUAAAGGCUUUAACUUACUGAUGUAUUGUGUUUCUAUAUUUUGAAUAAGGAAAACAUUAAAAAAGUUUGCUAAAAAUAAUGUACUGCCGUCAAAUCAAACAUGUAACUUUUGAUAAUCUUUUCCCAUACUGUGUUUCACAUACGUGAACAUGUUUCCAAUUUGUUAUUUGUUACCCGAAGCACUGAGAAAACAUGGCAUUAGGUUUACACUGUCCAAAACCUUAAACCACUUCCUUGUCAGUGUUAAACAAUAAUUUCACGUUCUUCAAAGGGGCGGAAAAAGACCAUUAUUUUUAUUAAGUAACACAUCUGAGUGCAAUAGUGGACCUGAAGUUAAUUUAUUUCAAUGCAACACAAAAAAAAGCUGCGAUAAUCAUUCUGGAUAUGUGGGUUGUUAUUUCUAUAAAAUCAGGUUCACUAUUUUACUGGGAUUUCUUAAGCCUCCUUUGGGAGGAGUUGGACAUGCAAAUUCUAGCAUUUGAGCAUAUACCAAAGAAUAAUUAUGGUUAGACAUUUGCCCUUAUCUUGGUAGAAUCAAAACCUAUUUAUUAUUCUAACCACACUCAGCCUACAACAAGGAGCUAUCUAAUAUUAAAAUGAAAUGCCUAACACUGGGGUAAGGUUUUUGGUCAUAAGUUUACAUUUGCCACAUGUACAGGACUGGUUAUAUUUUUCAUUGGACUUUUUUUUCAGUUGCUUCAGUUGCUCCCUCCUAUGUAUUAUAUGUUGGUACUGUAUCGUAUGUUGAAGUCAGGCUAGGGUAAUGUCCUCUCUCCCCAACCGGUUUUAGACCCCAAAUACAUUCAUUUGUUUCCGUUUCAAACUAAAUUGGCGUGUGUGUGCGAGCGUUUGGCACAUUAAACAAAAAGCUAGCUGUUUGUGUGGAAAUGGAGUGGAAAAUCUGCUUUUGCUGCUGAUUAGCUGAAUCGCAGCUGCAUUGCCAUUGGCAACUCCUUCAUGCUUGUGGCUCAACCUGGAUAAAUGUUAAGAUGUUCCCCCAUCAAGUAAUUUUGUGGCUUUAAUCUCCAUUUAAAUCACGCUGAUGCUUUUAAUUCUAAAACUAGCUUGGACGGGUUUAAUUGAAGGGGAGGAAAUGCUGCGACAACACAACUAAGUAGUAGAAAGCAAUAGUGUAUCUCCUUUCCUUUUUAAUUUAUCAGAAGCUGACAUGAGCAAUGAUCUGUUUAUUGGUACAAUGGUUCUGUAAUUUCUACUGUAUAUUAGAACUUGUUAGUGAUAAUCCAGUGUUCUCCACAGAUAUUCCAAAUAGGAUUUUUGGAGGUUUGUAUAUGCUGGGAAAUUGCUAUCUGGCUUUUUUUUGUAAGUUUUCAUUUACUUUUGACAUUUAUCAAAACUGUCUAACUCACUGUGCCUUUCAUUCAAAAGUUGUCUCUACAACUUAAAGUGGAUUCAUAUAAUAAAACUUUACUUAUUAAUGUUC